UUUCAAUUCGAUUGAUAUAUCUACAACAUAAAUUUAUAUUAUCUUUUCGAAUAUAUUACGAUUAAGAAAUAUGCGUUUAUCCGGCGCCAAUUGCUGUCCGAUGAAUCACAUCGAUAUCAUAAAUUCUGGCAUUUAUAGGAGAAAGUGGGAAACUCGAAAGCGAAACGGUCGACAGUUUUUGUGGUCGAAAAGAACGGCUGGUCGUGUCGACAAUUUGUUCCUGGAUGAACAUGUCAUCAUCGGCCCGUGACGUUUUGUAAUGAACAUUCCAGUCUAAUCUGGCCUGUAAAGAAUAUGCAUAAUUUACGUUAUAACACCAAAUACUAUCUCUUAAUUAACUAUCUUCUUUUCUUUCUCUUUCAAUAAGAUAUAUCUGCAUUUUAUACAAUUUUUUUUGUACCUGCUUCAUCCUGCGCUUUGAGAAAUAUUUGUGUACUUUUAAAAAAUAAAAUAUGCAUAUUUUCUCUCCGAAAAGUGUCACUAUGUAUGUAGAUAAUUAAAUUAUGUGAACGAGUCGAACUAAUGCCCAACAAAUCGAAUUAACCGACGACUUAAUACAAUUACUGGGGCAGUAGGGUAGAUGAUCAUGAGGCUUCUUCUGUGUUGUGGAAAAUCGUAUUUUGCCAGUUUUCGCAUGUCAGUGGUGUAGUUUAGUUUCCUUUUGCUUCUACGUACGUUGGUCGAAAAUCGCGUCGCAUACACAAAUCGGUAAAAAUGGGCAAAGAGGAUGCAGAAACUAUAGCUCUGAAGAAAGAGUUGGAGGCUCUCAUUGACAAGUGCAAGGAAGAGCAAAAAAAGCAGCAGGACGCGACAUUAGAACAAGCAUGUAAUGGAGUAGCAGAUGCUCCGAGAGUUAAACUGUCGACUAAGAAGUUGCUGAAGGGACAUAUCAAUAAAGUUAACUCGGUGCACUACAGUGGCGAUAAUCGGCACUGCGUGACCGGUUCGUUGGAUGGAAAGUUGAUCAUCUGGGAUUCAUGGAGUGGAAAUAAGGUGCAGGUCAUCCCAUUACGUUCAGCCUGGGUGAUGUCGGUGGCUUUCGCGCAAUCCGGCAACUUUGUCGCGUGUGGCGGUAUGGAUAACAUGUGCACUGUCUACGAUGUGAACAAUCGGGACGCUACGGGAUCCGCCAAGAUCGUGAGGGAGUUGCUGGGUUACGAGGGAUUCCUGUCGUCUUGCAGAUUCCUGGACGAUAAGAAGCUCAUUACCGGAUCCGGCGACAUGAAAAUAUGCAUAUGGGAUCUCGAAGCCAACAAGAAGACAACGGAUUUCGAGGCGCAUGCGGGCGACGUGGUGAGCAUCAGCUUGUCUCCCGAUGGCAACACUUAUGUCACCGGCUCGGUCGACAAAACUUGUAAACUGUGGGAUCUACGAGAGGAGAAAGCCAAGCAGACGUUCUUCGGUCAUGAGGCCGACGUCAAUUCCGUCUGCUAUCAUCCUUCCGGCCAAGGUUUCGUAACAGCGUCCGAGGACAAGACGGCGAGACUGUGGGACUUCAGAUCCGAUCAGCAGUUAGCCACUUUCAAGCCGCCGAGCUCGAAUCCCGGAUUUACGUCGUGCGGCUUGUCUCUAAGCGGCAGGUUCAUAUUUUGCGGCAGCGACGACAAUUCUAUUCACAUAUGGGAUACAUUGAAGAACCAACACAAUGGUGUUUUGUCGGGCCACGAGAACAGAGUGACGUCGCUGAGCGUCGCUGGCAACGGGAUGGCGGUGGCAAGUUGCUCUUGGGAUCAGUACGUUCGAAUUUGGGUGUGAAACGUAGCAUGCGAUUUACGUGACUACACGUAGAAGUGAUCGACGAGAAGACAUCGGACGAAGUAUAUUAGCAAAAAUAUAUUGAUGCUAAAAGCCGAUCGAUUCUUGCACGACACCUGCACAGCGACCCUUGUUCAAUUAUUAAGCUCUUAUUGCCAUAAGCUGCUGCAUUUAGUUUACAAUCAAGUCAUAAUCAAUAUCUCGAUCAACGUUAAACUGCGUUUGCAACCUUCAGCCAUCAUUAAACUCUAAGUGUUACAAAAUGUAUAUACAUUUCUUCGUCGAGAUAUUGAUUCUGGGUCCAAUAUACAUGAAAUAAAUUUCCAUUUCAUGAACAAUUGUAUAUUAAUAUUAUUUUUUCUUGUCAGCAGUGUAGCUUACGAACGUAUAAUUGUGCGUGAGCGAUAUCGAAUAAAUUCUAAAAUAAAUUUUCUUGCCGUAAAAAUGGAGAUAUAUCUAAUUAAUUCGUAAGCCACACGUUUGGUUGUGGCAAUGCGAGAUGCACCUGCAUUGUUUAUUUCUACAACAUGGACAUAUUACACGGUUCGUUUUUCUUUUCUAUCGAUGCUGCAGAAGAGUGCGUUAAAAAAAUCGUAUCGCGCGUGUGUUUUGAGAUUUACUUACUAAUGCAAUACAAUUAGGGAUUUGGUAUAUCGAUUAGGCGUGAAGCAUGGGCGUCAAAAAUACUUGUGUUCUCUUCGGCGAUUCUAAUCGUCACCAGCGUAAUAUCAUAUACGUACUUCAUUUACGCUAUUUGAUCUCGUGAGCAUCAACCUAGGCCAGUCUAGCGACAAAUAUAUGGGACGCGCGUGUUAAAACAUUUAAAACUUAAGGUAAGGUCUUUUAUGGUGCAUCACAAAAUUUCCAGCUAUCGUUAGCUAUCCGUGGCGAAUCUCUUCCUAGUUGAAGCUCGAGGAUUCUACAUAUUAAGUAUAUUCUAUGUAUAAAUAAACGAGAACGUAAACUCUAUUACAAUUAUAUCUGUACUGUACACAAUAAACGUUGAAAAGAGAUGA